UCUUAAAACAAUCUUUGACUAUCAUUUCAUUUCACAAAAAUCUCCCAAAUGGCUUCUCAACUUCUUUGUUUUCUUGUAUUGCUAACUCUCACAACUAUUUGUAAAAGUAAAUCUUGUCAUCCAAAUGAUUUAAAAGGUCUUCAAGAUUUCAAGUCUGGAAUUCAUUCAGACACUUCUGGUAGACUAAGUAAAUGGAUUGGCCGCAAUUGUUGUAAAUGGGAAGGUAUUUUUUGUAGUAAUGUAACUAAAAGAGUUGUAAGUAUAAGCCUACCAGGUCUCUAUACUUCAGAUGAUGCACCAAUUCAAUCUGCUAUGGAAGGGGAAUUGUCACCUUCAAUCACACUCAUCAACUAUCUUGAAGUUAUCAAUAUAGGUGAUCUUCUUGGUAUAACGGGGAAAAUCCCCUCAUCGAUUGGUUUACAUCUACCAAAUCUCAGAAAACUCAACUUUGUUAGAAACAGGUUUACUGGUGCAUUACCAGAAAGCAUUUGUAUGUUGUCUAAACUGGAAGAAUUGUAUCUCCAAGAAAAUGGUUUUUCGGGUUUUAUUCCCUGGUGUAUAGGAGGUGUCAAGAAUCUAAGAAGAAUGGAUGUACAUUCUAAUAAACUUUCUGGUGUAAUUCCUGAGUCUAUAACAAAGUUGAAAAAAUUAGAAAGUUUGUGUCUUGAAGAGAAUUUCUUGACAGGGGAUAUACCAGAAAACAUUGGUAAUUUGCAAGAAUUGAAAGAGGUUGAUUUGUCUAAUAACUCGUUAACGGGGAUAAUCCCUCGUUCUAUUUCUAGACUAAAGUUUAUGUCAGUUCUUUACCUGAAUUCCAAUCAGCUCGAGGGGGACAUACCGUUGCCUUCAAAACCUGGGAAAUUGUCUUCUCUGAGCUUUGUAAGACUGCAGAACAAUCAGCUUAGUGGAACGAUACCUUCAUCUAUUGGCUACUUGACCUCCCUUCAGAGAGUUUCACUUGCAAACAAUCAGCUAAAGGGUUCUAUUCCUUCGAGUAUAGGUAAUUUGAAGUUAUUGGAAAUGUUAUAUCUCAGUUGCAACCAAUUAUCUGGUCAGUUGCCAAGAUCAAUAGGCGGGAUUUCUGAGCUUAUUUACCUGAGUAUAUCUCAUAACAUGAUUGAAGGACCGCUGCCUCGUGAAAUUUCUUCCCUUUCAAAUCUUCAAUCGCUGGAUCUUUCAUUCAACCGUUUGAAUAUGUCAACCAUUCCCAAGUGGCUCAUGCAGUUGCCAUCACUAUCGCAAAUUUACUUGGCAGGAUGUGAAAUUCAUGGUGAAAUUCCAGAUUACAUACCCAAGUCAUUGCUGGAACUAGACUUGUCAGCUAACCAUCUUUCAGGAAGGAUACCAGCUUGGAUUGGCAGCUUUUCGCAGAUAUAUUCUUUAAACCUUUCUAAGAACAAGUUUGUGUCUGAGAUUCCUUCAACUGUCACAAAUCUCGACAUUCUGGGAGUGUUAGACCUUCACUCAAACAAGCUAGACGGCAGUGUGAAUGCAGUUUUCCAGAUAAAGAGCAGGUUUGCAGAAGGAUCAUUGACAUAUCUUGAUCUGUCUGAUAACAAUUUCUCAAGUGGUGUCGAACAGAUUGGCAUGGGAGGACAACAACAUAUCCAACACUUAAAUUUAUCGCAUAACUUUCUCAAAGGUAGAUUACCAACCUCCGUAGGAACAUUGAAAACACUACAGACUUUGGAUCUCAGUUACAAUGGAUUAGGAGCUAACCUGCCAACAUCACUGGCCAACGUGACCGUUUUGGAGAGACUGAUGCUGCACAAAAAUCAAUUCACUGGCAGAAUCCCUGAGGAGUUUUUGAAGCUGAAUAAACUGAAAGAAUUGAACCUUUCAGAUAAUCUUCUUGAAGGAAAAAUACCUUAUGGGAAGCCAUUUCUUGAUUUUCCGCAGAGCUCAUUCUCUGGAAACAGAGGUUUAUGCGGGAAACCCCUUCUUCCCUGUAAAUCUUGAGCUUUAGUUGCUCUUCACAUAACUUUCUAGAAACAAUUCAAUAUAGAGGAUCAAACUGUUAAUGCAAUUCUUCUCUUCAACUGUUAAUGCAACUCUUUGCUACCUAAAUCACUACAUACAUAUAGCAAGUAACGUAUAAUUCAUGAUAAGUAAUCAGAUAUACAACAACAUACCCAGUGUAGUCCCUCAAGCGAACAAGUGGGGUCUUGAGAGGGUAGGAUAUACGCAGACCUUACCCCAUCUUUGUGGGGCAGGGAGACGAGAAACAAAUUUUACAUUGGCAAUAGAAGUAUAUAUAAUUUUGGCGAUAAUCCAAACACCUUUCCAUUGCA